UCCCUCCGGAUCGGUCUGUAGCAACCAAUCGGCACUCCCGCCUAUCUCCGUGGGGGCACGCCCCCUUCUCCCUACCUGAUCCUGCCUGCCCCGCCCCUGAGCUUCGCGCGCUUGCGCGAAGAGCUGUCCCUGCGUCCCUGCUGGGCUUCGGGGAUCCUCCCGUGUUCCCCGCGGCAGCAGCGACUGGGGUGGAGUCAUGGUGGUACUCUCGGUGCCCCCGGAGGUUUCCGUGAUCCUGUUGGAUAUCGAAGGUACCACUACCCCGAUUGCUUUCGUGAAGGACACGUUAUUUUCCUACAUUCGUGAGAAUAUUAGAGACUAUCUGCUCACUCACUGGGGAGAAGAAGAGUGUCAGCAGGAUGUGAAUCUACUGAGAAAACAGGCAGAAGCGGAUUCUCACUUGGAUGGAGUUGUGCCAAUUCCCUCCCAAUCUGAGUUUGGAGCUGAUGACAUGGAGCGGAUGAUUCAGGCUGUGGUAGACAAUGUAUAUUGGCAGAUGUCUCUGGACAGGAAGACCCCAGCCCUGAAGCAGCUCCAGGGCCACAUAUGGCGUACUGCCUUCGCAGCUGGGACAGUGAAGGCCGAAUUCUUUGAAGAUGUGGUUCCUGCAAUAAGGAAAUGGAGACAAGCAGGCAUGAAGGUGUAUAUUUAUUCCUCAGGCAGUGUUGAGGCACAAAAGCUACUCUUUGGCUAUUCCACAGAAGGAAACAUUCUCGAGCUUUUUGAUGGCCAUUUUGAUACUAAGAUUGGACAUAAAAUAGAAAGUGAAAGUUAUAGGAGAAUUGCAGCAAGCAUUGGGUGCUCCCCCAACAACAUCCUGUUUCUGACAGAUGUUACCCGAGAAGAUGUACUUCUUUUUGUUUUCCCAGAGGCCCACGCAGCAGAAGAGGCAGAUGUCCAUGUGGCGGUGGUAGUGAGACCUGGCAAUGCAGGAUUAACAGAUGAUGAAAAAUCAUAUUUCAACCUCAUCACUUCUUUCAGUGAACUGUUCUUACCUGCAGCAUCUUAGAAGAAGUUUUCCUGAUUUUGGGGAGAUCAAAACUAUUCCUUGGAAGUGUACCUCUGCUCUUAUUUGCUAGUUUUAUUCUACUGAUAAAAUAGCACAUCUAAAGAGAAUUGUAUAUUCAGAUCUCCUUCCCCAGGUGUCCCUAAGGGAGAGGGAAAGGGGAAUUUUAAUUCAGUGAAACAAAAGUCUAUUAAAAAAAAUGAAGAUAGGAAUUGUUGAGAAGCUAUAUUUGUUCUCUUAGGGACGGGAGGUGGCUAUUGCUAAGCACAAAGGGUAAAAUUAUUGGAAAAAGGAAGAAAUGUCCUAGCUUAUUUUAUCUGGUUCUUUAACAAGUGGAAAGCUAAUUUGGAAAAAAAUCAUUCUAAAGCUUUACUAUUUCUUGGAAACUUGCUAUGAGUUUAGAACCUUUCUACAUUGUUCUCUUUUUGUGGUGAAGGGAGCAAAUACUUAUGUGACCAAAGUGUAGCCAGUCUCACAUACAGGGCCAAAGUCUACUGUUCACAUUGAAUAAAGAAGAAAACAAUUAGGAAUGAAAACCACUCCCAAGGCUUGACUGAUUAACCAAGUGUGGAUAUGUCAUUAGAAUAGAGCUUGUAAUUUCCACAGCUGUGACAGUGGGCCUUAAUAACCUUACCUGUUAUCAAGGUGCAAAACAAACCUGUAAAUUAACUUCUAAUAAUCAGAAAGCUUAAUGAUGCAUAGCAGUAUUAUCCUAGACUUAAAGUACUUGGCAUGUUAUCCCUAAGAUCAAGAAAACUUUGUAUUCUUUUCUCUUGGAAUUGUUAGAGAAGAAAUGUAAAUUGUAUAAGUAAUAUUUAUCCCAUUUUGGUUCUGGUACAUGUUCAUGUAAUAUUUCAUGUUGUCAUUAAUAAAAAUAACAAUUUUCCCCUGGUUAUUUAUCACCUUAA